AAGGGCUGGUGGCUUCGGGUAGAGUUUAUUAUUGUGGACUUCAUGUUUGAUUAUUUUGUGAUUAAGGACUUUGACUGCAUUUAGUAUUAAACUGUCCCCAGAAAGGGGUGCUGUACGCCACAACAAAGACUCUGCAGUGCUUAAGGGGCCCAUAAGAGGGGGGAGGCUAGAGGCAGGGCACUGCGAAACCACCCCUGGCCAAGAGGAGGCAUUCAGGUGGCAGCUACUGCUAACAAGCAAUCUCUCUUAACCAGUUUGAAUUUCAAGAUCAAUGUUAAUGCUUGAAAUUCCAAGCAGUUAUGGAGAAGAUGGAUUUAAAAUUGCCAUGAGUGUCUUAAUUCAUUUGUUCACCAGUAAUUUCAUAAUUUUGAAGAUGAACAUUGAUUUUCAGUUUUGCAGAGGGGAAAUAACUGAAGUCUUCAGCAGAACAACCCUAAAAAAUUUCACUUGUCUGGGUGGCAUUAUUCCCAUCUACAAAUAAAGACGGUGCACCUUCAGAAGCUUGGCAGUCACAUGAAAAGGCAUGAGUAUAUUGGACAGUGAAUAUCCAAGAUACAGAUGGUUGAAAAUAUAGAGCUAUUUAAGGACCAGAAACCUAUUUUGUUGUGGGGACAACAUUAAAAACUUCGACAAUGUUUCUGCAUAGUCUCAGAUACCAAUGCCAUCCUUUGGUUUGGAAGUCAAUGGAAUUGUGAAUUCUGCACUCAGUGUCUUAGAUUAAUGAAUGCUUAAAUAUCUUCGGAUGAAUAUUUGAACAACACAUACUCUGCUUCAGUCUUGCUUCAGAAUGUCCAUCUGUGCUUCUUCUCACAAGGAGUUUUCUCAGUUACUGCCAAUUCAGGAUAUUGGAUGUAGUAAAACAGAAAUUAAAAUCUCACCUCCUGGCAUCAGCUCUCCUGUUUAUAGCUGCAGUCAGUCUGCUCUGACAAUGGAACAGAGCCCAGUUUAUAUUCCUUCAUCUUAUGUGGAAAACAGACAUGAAUAUUCUGCAAUGGCAUUCUAUAGUCCUGCCAUAAUGAAUUACAACAUUCCGAGCAAUUUCAAUGAUUCAGAAAGUGCAUCUGUAAGGCAGACAUCAAGCCCAAAUGUUUUAUGGUCUCCUCCUGGCCAUAUUUCACCUUUGACAUUACAUUGCCAGUCAUCACUUUUAUAUGCAGAGCAACCAAAGAGCCCGUGGUGUGACGCAAGGCCAGUGGACCAUGCACUGCCUAUGAACAGAGAGACAUUAAAAAGAAAAUCUAAUGGCAGUGAUUGUACAAGUCCUGGUUCAAAAAGAGAUGCACGCUUCUGUGCAGUCUGCAGUGAUUAUGCUUCAGGAUAUCACUAUGGUGUUUGGUCUUGUGAAGGAUGUAAAGCAUUCUUUAAAAGAAGUAUCCAAGGACACAAUGAUUACAUAUGUCCAGCUACCAAUCAAUGCACAAUAGAUAAAAAUAGGCGUAAAAGCUGUCAGGCAUGUAGACUACGGAAAUGCUGUGAAGUAGGAAUGAUGAAAUGUGGUUCAAGAAGAGAACGUUGUAGGUAUCGUAUCAUACGCCGGCAUCGUAAUUCAGAAGAUCAAGUGCAUUGCACUGGCAAAGCUAAAAAGAAUAGUGAAAAUACAACCCGAGUGAAAGAAAUCCUCCUUAGUGCACUCAGUCCUGAGCAGUUCAUUUUAACGUUACUUGAAGCCGAACCGCCUAAUGUGUUGCUGGUGAGUCGCCCCAACAAGCCAUUUACAGAAGUCUCCAUGAUGAUGUCAUUGACAAAACUUGCAGACAAAGAAUUGGUUCACAUGAUUGGUUGGGCCAAGAAAAUUCCUGGCUUCAUAGAGCUCAGUCUGUAUGACCAAGUGAGGCUCUUGGAGAGUUGUUGGAUGGAAGUUUUAAUGGUGGGUCUGAUGUGGAGGUCGAUUGAUUAUCCUGGCAAACUAAUUUUUGCACCGGAUCUUGUAUUAGAGAGGGAUGAGGGGAAAUGUGUAGAAGGAAUUCUGGAAAUCUUUGACAUGCUCCUGGCCACAACAUCAAGAUUUCGAGAGCUGAAAUUACAGCACAAGGAGUAUCUGUGUGUCAAGGCUAUGAUUCUUCUCAAUUCCAGUAUGUUUCCAUUAUCAGCUGCUGCAGAAGAAUCUGAAAGCAACAGGAAGCUACAUCACUUGCUUAAUGCAGUAACUGAUGCUUUGGUGUGGGUUAUUGCAAAGAGUGGAAUCCCAUCUCAGCAACAGACAACUCGUUUGGCUAACUUGUUGAUGUUACUUUCUCAUGUCAGGCAUGCAAGUAACAAAGGUAUGGAGCACCUUCUGAGCAUGAAGUGUAAAAAUGUGGUCCCAGUCUAUGACUUGUUGCUGGAAAUGUUGAAUGCACAUGCGCUUCGAGGCCAAAGAAAGUCUGCAGUCACAGAUUCUGAAUUAGGCCCAUCAGAACAAACUAGAGAUGAUGCAUGGAAUAUGGCAGCACAGUAACUUUAUAAUUACCUGGAAGAUCAGGUUUGGAGGAAACUGUGAAGCAAAACAACAUUAUUUAGAGCUGUCGAAAACUUGAUAUGUCUCACGACUCUUAGACAACCUUUUUGGGGCUCUAUUCUAAUCUUUCAGAUUUGUAUGUUUAUCUCGGAUAAGGCUGUAUAUCGCCUCCUGUAUUGUGUGAAGCACAUCUUGUCCAUGUUUCUGACAUAAUACUUUGCACUUAAACUAAUGCUUUCUGUCUGAGACUUAUGAACACAAUACCCUGUGAGAUUGGAAAUUAUUAUUACCCCUUUUUUAAAAAUGGGUAAACUGAGGCAGAGAGAAGCUAGGUGACUAUCUUAAGAACCCACAGUGGAGAGCUGGGAAUAGUGUCCUGACUCCCAGUUCUUGCUUUAACCACUGGACUAUGUUUUCUUUCAAUAUAUCAACAUAUGAAAUGUACAGCUGUUACAUCACGUGGGAGGGAUUUGAUUACGUGUAUAUGAUGACGAUCACUGGGGAAAUGCCUACAUUUCAGUUAACGUGGUUAAAGUGCCAAGACACAUGUACAAUUUAAAUGAGUUUAUUCCUCGUAUGAUUAUGCAAUGGAUGCAGAUGGAACACAGAAACACUUCCUCGGGCUUCAUUUGAGCCACUCAGAAUUGGUUGUGGGACCACUUUAAAGACCAGCUCCAUAAACAUAAAAACAGGUUUCUUUGUUUUGUGAGCCUACUCUUAGGAUUUGAACUGUUUCUUUGUGCAUGGUACUCAUCGGCUUAAAGGUUGACUUGACUGCUUAGUCAUUUUCAUUUAAUACUAAAUUUUAAAAUUUAUUGUCACUGAGAUUAAUGUGCUGUUGUUUUGUAUAUUUAUAAUGACUUAAUGUGUAGGUAUGAAGGAUCAAGAAAUUAAUUUUUAUUAUGUGCAUUAGUAAAAAUAAUGUGAUACAGUCCACUGAACUAUUUUUUUAAAUGGUUUCCUAGGCAAUUUCACAAUCUUCCUGUCACUUCCAUCUUGAGUACAGAAGUGUCUAGCUGUAUUGUCAGGUUCGUGGGGUUCUGGAAAUGCAGUGUACAUAACUGUAGGGAGUAGUAGCAUAAGUAGAGAUGAGGCUCAGCUGGGAUCUGCUUUUACUUACAUGACUCAGUUUUGCUCUCUUAUUUGCAAGAGGAAGUUACAUGUAACUUGCUUUGCUAGGGAAGCUCUACCCUAAGUUAUGCUUUUUCAGCCCUCCUAAAAGAACCCUAAAUGAGAGAGGGAAACAUGCCUCUGGGAUAAAUUCAUGGAGGAUAGGUCCAUCAGUGGCUGUUAGCCAGGAUGGGCAGGGACGGUGUCCCUAGCCUCUGUUUGCCAGAAGCUGGGAAUGGGUGACGGGACGGAUCACUUAUGAAGUGCACUGCUUCAUGUGUGGCGAUUCAUUAUUGGCAUGUCACUAAAUAUAUAGUCACAUAAAAUGUCUGUCUUGUUGAUUUCUGCAGCUGUCUAAGGUGCAUUGAGUCUGAAAGGACAUAUAAUAUGGCCCAUAGCCUCAUUUGGAAAAUAAGAAAAUAUUUUUUCUGUCAAUUUGCUUAUGUAAUAUUCUGUUUCAUGCUGGAAUUAAAUUCAUUAGCCUUUGAUAAUAACACUGGAGAUUAAUGGACUUGACUAGAUACCAGAGUGUUUAGUUGUAUAUUAUUGUCAUUUUAGGUAUGUGACAAAACGAAAUUAGAGAUUAAUUUGAUGCCCAUCUAAGUCAGCGGGGAGGCUUUCUGGUGAUUUCUAUGGGAUUUGGAUCAGGCCCUUAUGGCAGAUCCGCCAUACACCAUAUUUUUUAAGCACAAAGUCACCCUACGCUUACUCCCCAGAAUUCUACAGAAGGUGCACUCAUCUUUCCACUUCAAUGAGCCUAUCCAUCUCCCUACCUUUUUCCAUAACGACAUGCAAAUUCCUUUGUAUCUAUGAUGCACACUUUAGACGUGCGCAGAGCUUUGUCCUUCUACUUGGACAGGACUAAAACCUUUAGGCGUUCCGACAAGCUAUUCGUCCCCAUUGCAGAAUGCUCUAAGGGCUCAUCUGACUCUAACCACAGACUUUCCAACUGGAUCUCGAGUUGCAUUUGUCUCUGUUAUCGAUAACAGAAUGUGACUCCCCCGACUUUUAUCAGGACUCACUCCACCAGAUCCAUGGCAGCCUCAGUGGCCUUUCUACGUAAUGUCCCUCUUAAGGACAUUUCCAGAGCUGCCAUUUGGGCUUCUGAAAAUACAUUUGCAAAACAUUAUGCCCUUACACAGGGACCCAUCACUGAUACAUGUGGGCAGAGCUGUUUUAUCUACUGCAUUCCUUCCAGAUCCAAAGUCCCUACCUCCUUGAGAGAUACUGCUUUUCAGUCACCUACAGUGGAGCACCCACAGGGACACGUCUCGAAGAAGAAGAGGUGGUUACUCACCUGUGCAGUAACUGAUGUUCUUCGAGAUGAGUGUCUCUGGGAGUGCUCCACUUCCCACCCUCCUCCCCUCUACUUUGGAGCUGGGGCGGCCUCCGUUAUAGAGAAAGAGCUGAGGAGUUCGGCCACACAUGCGCACUAUUAAGACAAGACUGGUAUGUGAGGCAGGCUCCGCGCAUGCACGGCUGAUACGGGUACUGCUGUAAAAAUCUCUGAACAACGGCGCAGGGGCACACUGACACCUACAGUGGAGCACCCACAGGGACACUCAUCUCGAAGAACAUCAGUUACUGCACAGGUGGGUAACCUCCUCAUAUACUGUCUAUAUAAGACCACAAUUCAUCUGAGAUAACUGAUAAUAAAUUAUAGCGUUGUUGUAUAUUAAAGAUGAGUUACCAUUAUGUUUUAGAUCAUUUUAAUGUAUGUAUAUUUGAGUAACACAAAAUAGCUAUUAGAAACUUAUCUUUAAUGCUUAGAUAUACUGACAAAUCUAAAAAAAAAAUGAAAUGACAAAAUAUUUUUACUCAUUUAACAUUUUUAGCCAUGUAAAUAAAGGUGAAUUUGUGGGCAAUGUAAAAAACGCAUUCCUUUUUAUCAAGUUUUGCUAAUAAUAAACUGUAGUGAUUCAAAAAGGAUGCUGUAGUUCAUCUCUAUGCCUUUACUUCUGUCUACGCACUUUAAAAUUUUUUUUGCAAUCUCUGUUACCAAGAAUUACCUAAAUUCCUAGUAUGCCGUGGUCACCAUCAGUUCUUGUUUUCUCAAGGCUUUUAGACUGACACAUUAGCAAGAUGCUAAUUUUUUGUGGUACUGGCUAAAUAAUGGAUUGAUUUUCAUAUUUUUUUUUGUGGUUUGCUUUCAUGAAAAGCAGUUAUCUCCAUGAAUUGUUAACACUCUACAGUUACUGUGAAUUUGUAUUGUUCCCUUAGUUUUGUAUUAUAAAUUCUGUUUCACAUGUGUACCUUCACUGAAAAAGUUUAAAACUCAAAUGUUUUUAGAAUUUGAUGUCUUUUCAAAUAUUUUGUGAAUGCCAAAUCAAGUGGAAAAAAUUACCUUAUCUCAGCUGCUUUUUACUUCUGUAGACUUAUGGUAUUUUUCCAGUAAUGUGUAUUUCUUUGGAUUGUAGGUUUUUGUGGUGAAAUAAACAAGUAUCAUACAAUGUGUAAUGUAUUUUUUUUUUUUUUUUGGUAGUAGUAGCUGUGUAGCUGGAGGUGACUAUCAUUUUAAAUCACAAACUUGAUUUUUCCCUUAUUGUUUGUUUGUCUUGACAUGCCAUGUCAUGGAUCACAUUCUCUUUAAAUAUUGUUUUUGACAGCAAGGAUGAAGGGUGACUCUUUGGGUUAAACUGAUCCUGAUGCAGCCUACCUCCCAGCAGCUAAAAACUCUCUCCUAUCGCUAUUAAAAGUAGACCCAGUAAAGUACAGAAAAUUAUUAGAAAUAAACCAUUGGUAACAUGUGAUCCACAUAAGAAAUAGCUAAUUUCCUAAGGAGUAAAAUAGUUAUUCCUGAAGUUGUUAGACUCUCAUUUGCUUUGCUUUUCCUCACGUACCGCAUCUAUUUGCAAAACUUACAAUUCUUUAUCUUAAAAAAUUCUUCUUUCUACAGCCCAGCCCAGCCCUAGGAAGUAACCCUGCAGUGAAAAAGCAGAGGCCAGACUUCACUGUCAAGCUAUGAAAGGGUUUUUGUAAUCAACUGUGAGUAAAAAUAAUUUUGAAAAAGUCUGAAAGAUAGCUUGAUAAGGUUCUUUUCCAACUUACUUUUUUGGGACAUUUUGAGAUAUGGUAAAAGCUCCUUGUAUAUUCUAUAUCACAUCACCUUGGCAAUGUGAUAGAAUUAUACGUAAUGAAGGUAAAUUGUAGGCUAUGAAAUUUUCCUUAGACCUUUCAUUUUCUUCAAAUUUUCUCUUACAAAAGUUGCUUAAUAGCAUCCGUACUGAAUAUUGUAGUCAGCAAUUUAAAAUCCGUAAUUAGCAGAAAGCUUUAGAUGGGCAUUUAUGACAAAGAAUGCCUGGAUUUGAUAAAGGUUUAAAGAACUAAAAAUACGGACGCUCUAGACAAGAUAAAAGUAAUCUAUUUCAAAAUGAAAUAAGUAUAAUAUAAUGUGGAGAAGAGAGGGAUGGGGAAAGAGGUGAUAAAAUCACUCUUCCUUUCUUUCUUACCCACUGAUGCAGUAUUGCUGUAAAAUUGGUUUGAAUCAUGUGGACUACCCUCAAGCCUGGAUCAGCAAAAACAUUAAAUGUAAAGAAAUACAAAAAUGCAACAUAUAUGCAAAAGUCAUAAAAACGAAUUGAUUAUUCUCAGAAAGACACUAAUGCUUAGGGCACUGCUUACUGCACUAAUAUGCCUCAUCUUGGGGACUAAGGGUAUCUCUACAGUAUGAAAUUAGGUCGAAUUUAUAGAAGUUGGUUUUGUAGAAAGCGUUUUUAUACAGUCAAUAGUGUGUGUCCCUACACAAAUGCUCUAAGUGCAUUUAGUUGGCGGAGUACGUCCACAGUACCGCGGCAACCAUCGAUUACCGGAG